AUGGCAGACGACGAGUUCGCCGAAGCCGCAGAGCGAAUGGAGGGCAUGGCGCUUAGAGGUAAAGGCAGAGGAGGACGGGAUCGACGCGGCGGCGGUGGAAGGGGAGGUGGAAAGGGACAGGACCGUGAGAUGUUGAUUUCGAAGGCGCUGUCGUCGCUGCUCCGACAUCAGGCUGAGAACGCGGGGAUUAAGCUCGAUGGUGAGGGGUACGCGCCGCUGGAUAAAGUGAUCCAAUGGCCGCGCAUCCGCUCGCUCAACCCGUCCUUCGACGAGAUCCGCUCCUCAGUCGCGGACAAUGCCAAGCAGCGCUUCGCCAUGAAGCCCAAGGACCCAUCUAUGGAUGCGGAAAGCGCGCCGGCUGACCCGACCGCGUGGCUGAUCCGCGCUAACCAGGGCCACAGCAUCGCGCUCGAGGCUGAGGCUAUCCAUAAACCCGUCACCCUGGAAGAUGCUAACGUGCCGCCGAUCGUCGUCCAUGGCACGUACUUCGCUUUCUGGCCCGCUAUCGUGGCGUCUGGUGGGCUGAAGCGCAUGGGCCGGCAGCACGUGCACUUCGGGACGGGGCUGUUGCCCGAGGACGGCGAUGCUGGUGAUAGUGGUGUGGUUAGUGGUAUGCGGUCUGAUGCAGAGCUGCUUAUGUUUGUGGACGUGGAGAAGUGUCUGAGAGAGGAUAACGGGAUUAAAUGGUGGAUCAGCGCGAAUGGCGUCGUGCUGACGGAUGGGAAUGAGGAUGGUUUGGUGCCGCUGAAGUAUAUCAAGGAGGUGAGGGGGCGUAAGCAGGGUGUGGGUGUCCUAUGGCGAGAUGGCGAGAAAGUAGCGGAUUUACCGCCGGAUAUUGUUGUGAGGGCACCUAUGGGGAAGGGUAGAGGGGGUGGAGGUGCGGGAAGGGGAGGAAGAGGAGGAAGAGGAGGACGGAGAGGUGGAAGGGGGGGAGGUCAGGGGGAGACAAAGUGA